AUGGCCACGGAAUGUCUGACCGAAGAGCAAAUCGGAAACUUCCAGGACGCAUUUUUCGAGUUCGACACCGAUCACGAUGGUGUGAUUAAUUGCAAAGAGCUGGGCCAAGUCCUCAAAGCUCUGGGCCUGAAUCCAACCGAGGCGGAGUUGCAGGACAUGGUGAACGAGGUGGACAAAGACGGCACGGGCUCAAUUGACUUUCCCGAGUUUCUGGCCAUGAUGGCCAUGAAGAUAAACGAACAAAACGCCGAGGAUGAGAUUCGGGAAGCGUUCAAAGUAUUCGAUGGGGACGGUAACGGUUACAUCGACCGGCGAGAAUUGGCUAUCAUGCUCAAGUUCUUGGGUGAGCCCAUGACGGAGGAGGAGAUCUCGGCCAUCAUUGAGGAGGCCGAUGUCGACAAGGACGGAGUGAUCGACUACGCCGAGUUCUUUACCAUGAUGGGCACCCAACUCUAAAGCCAGGCAAUCUCCGAUGGUAAUGGGUACAUCAACCGCCAGGAGUUGACGAUUGUGAUGAUGAAUCUGGGCGAAAAAUUGACGAGCGAAGAGAUCCAAGCCAUGAUUGAAGAGGCCGAUAUCGACGGGGACGGGCAAAUCAAUUAUGAAGAGUUCUAUACCAUGAUGACUUCGGCCAAAUGAUAUUGAUGAAGAUGAUUAUUUUUACUCUU